GCUCCGACCGACGGCCUUACGUAGUCAUCCACUCACGUUCGGCCUUUCUAAUUUUCCUUCUCCACCCCCACUCAACCCAGCCCAAGACCUCCAAUCACGAUCUUGUAUCGUCAUCAUCGCAACGUCGCCUCACCUACAUCUCCCCAAGAACACGACAUCUCCCUCGCAAUUCCUUGGGAUCAAUAAAUCGCUGUCGCGACUUUAUUUCCCAGUCUCGAGGUCGAUCUUUCUCUACCUUCACCUCCAACUAACGACGGAACUUGUCAUCCCUUCAGGGCACCUGGUGUAAUCGCUUCUUAAUUGAAAGUGUCACCGGACACCCCCACCCUGAACGAACAAAAGAUAGGACUGGAAUACGUUCCUUUCAAGACAUCCCUUCGUUACACAUCUCGCGCGAUCCCUUCCGACGACAACCAGGUCGAGAACGAGUCGCUGCGCCUCUGUAGACAUCGCGCAACUUCGUCGACGAAUAGAGACACUUAGUGCACUGAACGUGACGAGGUAUUACGAGACGUCGAGUUUAAUUGGUGGUAUCUGGGUCUUUCGCGACAUUAUCGAAGCGACGCCUACGACACCCGCGACCUACUCGUCCGCCCAUCUCACUUGAUUAUCUGCAUCGCAUUUUCGCGGCUCCUGUAAGCUCUCGGCUUCGAUCGCAUAUCCAUUGCGUCGCAAAAUCCCGCGCGCACAUACACCUACCUGUCGAACAGACAUUGUAGGGGAGACAUUCACUUGUUCAUCUCCCACAUCUGAUCUGUUGUCUGUACUGCUCAUACGGUUUCUGAUUACCCAUCAACCGCAAACAUGGAGGCAAUUCAGACCCAUCCUACCAGCGCUGCGCAGGCCAAGGCUUUCACCGCACCUGGAUCUCUCUCCUUCCCUGGUGGCGCCCAUGAGCUUCCUCCUGCCCCUGUUGUUAACGGCGAGAAGGUGCCAGUCAAUGGACAGGCGCCCGUCGCAAACGGCCAGCAAGGCGCAAACGGUACCGGGGUGACUCCCGCGACACCCGCUGCGACGCCCGCCGCCACGCAAGGUGGCAGCGGCCUGACUCCUACGUUGCAGAAUAUCGUUGCCACGGUCAACCUCGAUUGCCGCUUGGACCUCAAGACGAUUGCCCUGCACGCGAGAAACGCAGAGUACAACCCCAAGCGUUUCGCUGCUGUCAUCAUGCGUAUUCGCGAGCCCAAGACCACGGCUCUAAUCUUCGCCUCUGGCAAGAUGGUUGUCACUGGUGCCAAGUCCGAGGAUGACUCGAAGCUUGCCUCGCGAAAGUACGCCCGCAUCAUUCAGAAACUGGGAUUCAACGCCAAGUUCACGGAUUUCAAGAUCCAGAAUAUCGUCGGCUCCUGCGAUAUCAAAUUCCCCAUCCGCUUGGAGGGGUUGGCCUCGCGCCAUCACAACUUCAGCUCCUACGAGCCCGAGCUGUUCCCUGGUCUUAUCUACCGCAUGAUCAAGCCGAAGAUUGUGCUUCUCAUCUUCGUCAGUGGCAAGAUCGUCCUCACCGGUGCCAAGGUUCGCGAGGAGAUUUACCAAGCCUUCGAGAUGAUCUACCCUGUGCUUCAGGGUCAAUUUCCGCAAAGUAUAAAAGUACUGAGCCAAGGGCAAGAUCAUCGACCUAUGUCGAUGUACCACCACCAAUACAACACCAACAUCGCCGACUUGUACGACUAGACACCUUUCUUCACGAUACCACGACUGUUUACCCCCGCACAUCAUACAAAAAAAAAUCGAGCGUUCGUCACCUGGCAAUUUUGCCACCACCCUGGUUUCAUUCGACGCCCGUUUGUGUUUCUUUGAUUUUUUUUCCCUGCUGCAUUGCAAUGGCGUUGGCAAAGGAGGUCAAACCUGGAUCGGAGGCUCUCGGUCAGGUGGUUGAUUCAAACGAAAAGAACAAGAUUUCUCAUACCGCAGCACUACAUAGAUUGCUUGUGGCAUCGUCGACGGCAGAUGCGCAGGUCGACUUUGCCGUUCUUUAAUGGAAGCGACUUAGAUGCAUGGGGGUCUGUGAACGAAGGGAUAGGAGGUGGUAACAGAAACCACAAGGCAUGAGAGAGAUCGGGGAUGGAGUUGGUGUUGCCUUCAGGACAGUGGGUUUGAAGGAACCAAGAGGGCUGGGUGGGGAAAGUUGUGAGCAUAGGAGAGAAAACAGGUUCGCGAAGUCAAGUCACCUAGCUUUUCCUACCCCAGGUGACUAGACGGAUCACUCCAGUCUUACUCUGCCUUUUAGUCUGCGGGUUUGAUGCGAGCUGAUAUGAGUGGGCGUUGCUUUUUAGUACAAUGCCACAACCUGUUUCUAUGAUCAUGAAAUCUACCUGGUCUCCUUUGUGUGUGUCUGUCGAUGUGCACCAUGCCUUGACUGUGUUUGUGGCACCCUUGUCAUGCUUGUCUGUAUACUGCUCCUGUGUAGGUAAGUUGUACAAAACAUCCCACAUAUAACCCGUUAUCUACAUUUUUAUGUAUACGACAUGCGUGUAUAUCAAUACCUACACCAUCCCUU